CACGCCCACUCGUUCACCUGGUUGAUUGUAUGCAGGUGUGCAAGCGGACGCUGCGUUUUGCUGCUGCUGUUCGUUUGUCGUCUCUGAAUCAAUAUUGCUUACAAACAGUGUGACUCUUACUUAAGGAUUACCCCGAGAAGGAAGAGUUUGCUUCUGAAACCAGUUGACUGUCUCAUUAAACACAAGCCAGGAGUGGAGUUUCCUUGUCCAACUGGGACAAACUGGGAGUAGGCCUACGUCAGAUCAACCAGCAUGUUCCCCUCUUCCGCUUCACCGCAGCAAGGUCUAAAUUGAGUGUGUGAGGUGAAGCGUGAAGAGAUGUAUUCAUUCCUGGCCAACAAGGACGAACCCCGAGGGACAGUCCACUCUAAUUCACGAUCAAUAAUCCAUUAUCAACACACUUCACUUUGGAAACUUGCAUAUAGAAGCAUACACAUAGUCCUGAUACCAAGUGUUUCAGUCGUGUCAUCGCAGGGGAUUUCCAUUCUGAAGAGGCAGAGUGAAAACUAAUAGGGUGGAGCAUAAAGUCAUGCUGGGUGGCAUCCACACUGUUGUUGUUGACCACCUUCAAGAUAAUGUCAUAUGCAGCAGAGCCAGUGGCAACAGGAAGGCAAACUGCUAAAAGCUGAAGAUUCAUAUCCUAUUCAGGAAUAGCUGACAGCCAACUAUAGCAAUAAACAGACAACCAGAACUUAGAUUUUUAAUUAAUUUUUGGCACAAAGGGACAAGCAGAAACAUCUCAACUAAUAGCUGGACAACCCUAACCCUCAACCCUUUGAGGUAGCCAAAAUGUCAGACACUGACUUCGAGGGACUAGAGUUCAUUGGCAACGAGAACAUUACCACUGUGCUGAAGAUUUAUGUUGGUGCACCCCCCUGGCUAAGAAUAGUUAUCUCUGUGGUGUACUUUGUUGUGGCUGCUGCAGGAGUUUUGGCAAACGUGCUAGUGAUGUUCCUGCUUUAUUCUACUCGCACCAUCACCAAAGGCACCAUCAAUUUCUUUGUCUUUAACUUAGCCUUGGCUCACCUGCUGUUCUCCCUGGUCUUGCCUUUCUGGGCUGUGGACUAUGCACUGGACUAUAGCUGGCCUUUCGGCUUGGCCACCUGCAAGGCUGUAUCCUUUCUCACCGGGCUGAAUGUUUUUGCUUGCUGCUUUUUCCUGACAGCCAUGAGUGUGACCCGGUACUGCUACGUUGCAAGCGCGCUCAAGCCCGGUUCCACUCUGUGUAGCAGAUCUUGCACUUACAUGGUGGCCACAGCUUUUAUCUGGGCUGGAGCAAUCGUAGCAGGAACUCCCCGGGCUGUGUUCGCAGACGUGGACUUUGUGGGCAAUGACACAACGUGCCUGCUCCGUUUCCCAAAUGGUACAGCCUGGCUGGGAAUAAACCACCUCAUGCGAGUGGUGCUGGGAUUUCUGCUGCCCUACGCUACCAUCAUCCUGUCCUACCUGCUUCUGCUGCGUUUCCUGCGUAAGCAUAAACUGAAAGGCAGCAGCUCUCUGCGAAAGGCUGAUAUCUCAAAGUCUGUGGCAGUGGUGUUAGUUUCAUUCUGCGUCUGCUGGUUCCCAUUCAACGUCAUCACUCUCUGGUCUGUCCUGAUCCAUUUUGACAUCAUUGAUAUCUGCCCCUCAUUCUACUUGGUUCAAACAUACUUUUUCCCUCUGGCAAACUGCUUGGCUUUCUCCAGCAACUGCUUCAACCCUGUCAUCUACUGCCUGGUCAGAAAAGAAUACCGUGUGGCUCUCCAUAAUGUGCUCUUCAAAUUGAGCCUGGCUAUUAUGUCCAAGAUGGCCUAUAAGAUUAAUUCUGAGGAGGGCUCGGUACAUCCUGCGCAAAUGGACAUUCCUCUCAACAAUAUGUGCAGCCAGACAAGCCAAACUGACACGAGCAGAUAUGCAGCACUGUCGGUGCUUCCUGCAGAGGGGUGCCCUCUGUAAAGUCACAACACUAUGAUCAUAUUCGUUACACCCGUGUAAAGAAUUAUGUAGGAUGUUUUAUUUUAAGAUAAAUGUGCUGCUUUUAGACCUGAUAUAAAGAAUCUGCAUCUUGCAACACACCUACGCUUUUGUGGAUCUUGUGUUUUAAAGUUUUAGCUGUUGGAAGAUUUGAGGCUUAUUUUUCAAAAGUUCAAACAUGGUACAAUUAAUUCACUACACAUUUGACUUUAAGCCGUCAUUAAUAUCUGCACAAGGCCUUCCUAUUCCUUUACUGCUACUUAUUAGUACUAUCAACAUACAUACUUUACAAUAGCUUACUACUGUGUAAAACUAUUUCACCAGUCUUUACUACUGCAUCUUUAAGGAACUGAUAUCCCCGUAGAGAUAAACUGUAGUUGUCUUGGUUUUAGAUUGUCCAGUUGUAAAAAAUGGUUUUGUCAUUUGUUUGAAUAGAAAUUAAUAAAUAAAUUUGUUCUUAA